UACCCAGUCGCGAAUAGCUCUGGCAACUCAACGUGUCGAUUCUUUUACCUUUGGUUGGAAUCAACAGAUCUGGCGAUCGAGGAAAGGAUUCUUGCUUUCUUUUUCUUCCAGGAAUUCGCUGGGAUUACUCUUAUGUUUCUUCUCUAUAUGCUGUGAACCAUAGAAGCAAACUAAACUAUUUUACUCCUUUUCCUCUUAAAAAAGAAGAAGAAAUUGAAUCCACAUUGUAUUUUUGGUUAGUUGUGCAAUUGUUCAGGCGAAGGCGUUUUCUUAAUGGAAGCGAAGGAGAACGGUGAAAAAGUCAGCUGCGAGUAUAAAUUGAGGGAAAAUCCUUUGAGGAGGAAAGAGAAGGUUUUUGUUGGUUGUGGGGCGGGUUUUGGUGGAGAUAGACCGCAGGCAGCACUCAAAUUGCUCCGAACUGUUAAAGAACUUGAUUAUCUUGUGCUUGAAUGUUUGGCUGAAAGAACACUUGCCGAGCGAUAUCAACUUAUGAUGUCUGGAGGAAAAGGUUACGACACUCGAAUAUCGGAUUGGAUGUCAAUGCUUCUACCUUUGGCUGUAGAAAGAGGAACUUGUAUAAUAACUAACAUGGGUGCAGUGGAUCCUCUUGGCGCACAACAAGUGGUGCUUGACCUUACAACAAAACUUGGAUUUGAUAUAACUAUUGCAGCUGUUUAUGAAAUUUUUAAGGAGACAUCAGGAUUCCCCGUACUAUCUCAGAAACUUUAUCCGCUAUAUGCAACAGGGCAGGCUAUGAGAGAUGAAUUGGAAAAAUUAUACUUUAAUGACAAAUCGUUUUUACAUGUGAAAGGCGUAAGCACUUACAUGGGAGCCGCUCCAAUAGUUGAAUGUCUUGAGAGGUACAAGCCCCAUGUUGUCAUUACUUCGAGGGUUGCUGAUGCUGCACUAUUCUUAGCUCCAAUGGUCUAUGAACUAGGAUGGAAUUGGAACGAUUUCAGUGAGCUAGCACAGGGGGCUCUGGCUGGCCAUCUUCUUGAGUGUGGUUGUCAACUCACAGGUGGAUAUUUUAUGCAUCCAGCAGGAGACAAGAAUCGAGAAUUUUCUAUUGAACAGAUCUUGAAUUUGUCACUUCCAUAUGCUGAAAUUGGUUAUAAAGGAGAAGUAUGCUUAGCCAAAGCAGAAGGAAGUGGUGGUCUUCUCAACAGUAGCACAUGUGCUGAACAGCUCCUUUAUGAAGUUAGAGAUCCUAGCUCCUACAUUACUCCUGAUGUGGUUAUAGACCUGAGAAAUGUAUGCUUCAGCUCGUUGUCAAAUGAUAAAGUUCUUUGCUGUGGGGCAAAGCCUUCAAGCAUUCCUUUUCCUGAUAAGCUUCUGCAAUUGGUUCCAAAUGAUUGUGGAUGGAAAGGAUGGGGAGAGAUAUCUUAUGGAGGAUUUGGAUGCAUUAGACGUGCUGAGGUUGCAGAGUUUUUGGUGAGAUCAUGGGUGGAGGAAGCAUAUCCUGGAAUUAGUGAUAGUAUAAUAUCUUAUAUUAUCGGACAUGACAGCCUGAAGGCAACUAGAGCUAGUCAGAGUGUUUCGUUUGUGGAACCGGUGGAUGUUAGGCUUCGCAUGGAUGGCUUGUUCAAUUUGAAGGAGCAUGCAAUGUGCUUAGUUCAAGAGUUUACAGCUCUGUAUACUAAUGGGCCAGCUGCUGGUGGUGGUAUUUGCACUGGACACAAGAGGGAAAUCAUUCUUCAUAAGAAACUGGUUGAGCGGGAAAGUAUUUUCUGGAGAACUGAGAUAAAGAAAUCAGAGUCCAAGCAGCCAUCCAAAAAGGAUGAUCUGCAUGAUCAUCCAGAUCGUAUGAACAUUACAAGAGAAGAAAAUGAAGUUUUGCUUCCCUCGAACAACUCUAUCACUGAUCCAAUGUCCUCUGCACCAGCUGAGCCUACUCAACCCAACAAGAAAAUCCCUCUGUAUAAACUCGCCCAUAGCAGGGCUGGUGACAAAGGAAAUGACUUGAACUUCUCAAUCAUCCCUCACCUUCCCAAUGAUAUCGACAAGCUUAAACAGUUAUUAACUGCAGAUUGGGUCAAGCAUGUGGUUUCAUCCCUCCUCGACAUUUCAUCCUUUCCCAACAGCAAAGCAAUUGAGCAGAGGAACAAGCAGAUGGAACAGGUAAACGUAGAAAUUUAUGAAGUCCCUGGUAUCCAUUCUCUCAAUAUUGUAGUGCGGAAUAUACUUGAUGGAGGUGUGAACUGUUCACGAAGGAUAGACCGGCAUGGGAAGACCAUUUCCGAUCUCAUAUUGUGUCAGGAAGUCAGCUGGCCUCCAUUGACAUCUGAAGAUGUAUAGGGACUCAAGGUUUGACCUUCUGGAAUCCAUCAAAUUGCAAAUGGUUGUUUAAAUAACUAUUAAGCAAACUUUCAUGUUGUCUAAAAUUUGUGAAAUUGUAAUGUUAAUGGAAAUUUGACCCGGAUUCGAUA